CCGGACAAAAAAAAAGUGGCACCCAGUUUUUUUUUCUUCUCUCCGACCCACUCUCCCAUUUCAUAAUCAUCUCAGAAAAAAAAAUGCAAAAACAACGGCGGCUACAACGACGAUCGGUCCUCACACUCGUCGUCUAUCUGAUAUGCUCCGCGAUCUUCUUGCUCGCCCACCCAGCGUUUGCAGAUGACGACCCAAGUGACAAUAACGACCCAGUUGCCCUACCAUCCCUCAAUAUACCCUCGCCCACAACCCCCUUCGCAACAAACGCGCCAACGUCCGCUCCAGCAUCCGAUACCACGUCCACCAGCACUAUUACCGAUCCCGCCAUCUCUACGCCCGAACCAACUGCAAUCGCCUCCACGACGGACGAUGCUGUGAAUGCCACAACAACCUAUACGAACCUCCUCCCAACCGUCGCCUUCAUUCCCCCGCCCACUCCGCCUCUAAACUCCAAUGCUACGGACCCCUUCUUCCCCGUGGGUUCCGAAUCCUGUCAGAAAUGCAAGUACUUCUACCCAAAGCUCAAACAGUGUAACCAGAUCGCGAACAGUACACUCGCCCUCCUGCCACGUCUUCCAGAUAACAGCAGUAGGAGUCCGUCGCUCAAUACGACGAUCACAGGAGGUGGGACCGCACCCGCAGAGUUUACGACCAUCAUGCCGUUCCUGCAAUGCAUCUGUCCGAACCAAGGUCUGGCUGCGACCAAGGUCUGCAUGGUAUGCUUUCAUAUCACAAACCAGCGUAAUUUCUUUGACCAGUUCGAGCUCCAGAACGUAAGUUCCUCACUCUCGGCCUGGCAGGAAGCAUGCAUGGAUUCGAACGAUGGUACCAUCGUCCCGCCAUCCGCUAAUAGAGGUCAAAGCGCUGGUAGCAGCGGCAUCGGGCUCCGUCAGAGCUCUGCUGGCUUCUUGGCGACGAGCACCAUGGUUCUGCUCAGUGGAUGGUUGUCUCUGUAACGACACACAAUUUCUUUUUUCAAACAUGAAAUAAAAGC